GCCUUGCAGAGCCCAGGGGGGUUGCAACGCGGUGGCUGGUGAAGAGAAGGGACGACUCUGCGGCAGGGUUGCCAGCUCCAGGUAAAGGGCCUUACUUGAACUUAAGAUGUCGGCAAUUUUAAAAGGAGACGAAGAAAGCCACGAAGGAGCAGGAAGAAAAACCGACGGUCUAAAAAGUUCAGGUUCACAGACUGCAUCCAUGCUGCCAGAAACCCCGCUUCAGAACUUGCAUCUAGCUUCUCAGGCAGUUCUUGAAAGAGCCCAGAAACAAGGGCGAUCUAAGUGUCCCAAAUGCAAUAGUUCAAGGAUGUUCUAUUGUUACACCUGCUACAUUCUGGUUGAGACUGUGCCUACCAAAGACAUUCCUGUUGUAAAGCUUCCCUUGAAGAUUGACAUCAUUAAACAUCCCAACGAAACGGAUGGCAAAAGCACAGCUGUCCAUGCCAAACUCCUGGCACCUGAAGAUGUUACUAUUUACACAUAUCCCUGUAUUCCAGAUUACGAAGAAAUGAAACAUGAAAUUGCCCUUAUCUUUCCUGGACCCAAUUCGGUUUCAGUAAAUGACAUUGUCUCUUUGCAAAACAAAUGGGAAAAGAAUGUGGGUUGCGAGAAGGACGAUGACUUGCCAGCAGAACCAGUUUUCAAGUGUGCCAAACUAGAGCUAGACAGCAAUGACAAUAGCAGCUUGGGCGAACUCAGAUCUCGCACCACGUGCAAAAAGGCCAGGCUGAAGAAAAUCGUAUUUGUUGACAGUACCUGGAAUCAGACAAACAAAAUAAUCACAGAUGAGCGCCUCCAAGGGUUACUACAAAUUGAACUGAAAUCGAGAAAAACGUGCUUUUGGCGUCAUCAGAAAGGAAAGCCGGAUACAUACCUGUCUACCAUUGAAGCAAUUUAUUACUUUUUGGUAGAUUAUCACAGGGAGCUCUUAAAAGAAAAAUACGAAGGACAAUAUGACAAUUUGCUUUUCUUCUAUUCGUUUAUGUACAGACUGAUAAAAAACGCCAGGUGUUCCGCUGGCAAAGAAUAAGGCAAGGAGUGCCAUUUUUGCUCAGGAGGGGGGGAAAACCAAACCGAAGUACCCUUUGGCCUUGUUCUUUUAGAGGUUAGAAUGACAAAAAUGGAGCAGCAGAGGAUAGCGGACUGGGAAAAAGUUCAGAAGCCUGCUGUCCCUUGAAUCCAGGGCUCCUGGUAUAGUGCCUCAGGCAACUCUCCAAACAACUGUUGUGGGACUCUCCCUCCAAGCAAAAGACUGCAAAAAUUACAAAACAUUUUCAGGAUUAGAACAAGCAACGAGAGAUGCCAACAUGGAGCCUCUUUUUUAAAACAGUACAGUUUACUUCAGCUGUCUCGUCGUAUAAGAAUGUGCUCUUCACCAGCUAGGAUGACCUCAGUCUGGCGAUGUCACCGACUCCAUUAAAAGGAUUGCAACACCAUUUCAUUAGAUAUUUUUUCUAAAAUCUGUAUCCAGACUAAUGCAGUUGGUAGGAUGCCAGUGGUAAACAUGUUUGCGUUUUAAGUUAAGCUGUAAAACUGCUUUGUUAAUAUGAUAAUAGCAACAGGACUGGAAGCCCUGCUUAUAUGCCCCUUUCAGGUUCAGCACUCUGCUGCCGUUGGCUGAAGGUUUCCUAGUGUUAUAUUCUUCCCAGCAAAGCAGCAGCUGAGAUUUAAUGAAGAAAAAGGCUGUGCUUCGUUUGCAGUUCGUUUAAAUGGACUACAGAGGAUUCCUAGACCUGGGGGUGCAGGUCACAUGCCGGUUCUUUCCCUAUACCUGAGACCAGCACCUCACUCCUCCUUCCCCCUCCCAUGACAAAUGAAGAGGUCUUGCAGGCAAGCCAAACACGUUAAGCACAUUUCUGAGCCCUAUAGCUGUGCUUUCAUUUGUUUGCUUUUUCUUUUGUUCCCAGCAAUAAUUCUAAAGCAGAAAUCGGUUUUGUUAGAAGGGAUUCUUUUUGUCUCACACAAGCCCCAUGUGUAUUAAGAGUUUAUUACAAUAAGAAAUGUAGUCCUGGGGACCCCCCCCCCAUUGAAUCGAACCGUGAACAUCUCUUUGAAGACGAUGCAGUGCAAAAUGCACCAGCUGGGUCCCCCCCACCCUCCCCACACAGACACGUAUUUUCGCACAACCUAAUUUAAGGCCAGUACAUAUUGUGGCUAUAUAAGCAAAAAGAGUAAGUUGUGAUCCUGCAAACAAUCAGCUACUUCACUCUUUGCAGUAGAUAGCAUGGAUCAUGGUGAUGAAAGGUUGCAGGGUCACUCCCGUUCUCGUGAUAUUUCUCUAAAAACUAAAGUAUGCUUUUGGAAGCCAUUUUAGUGUCUUCCUCUACACACACACGUUAGGUAGGCACUGAAUGUGAAAACUGUGACCUCUAAAAGUCUGAAUAUACUUAUUUAGGAAUAGCUCUUAGGAUAUUUCCAGCUCGCUUGCUUUUUGUUUUUAGUUCUGUUUCCAAAGGUUUGCAGUAAGUCAUAACGUGGGCAGAGGAGAAGGGGAGGAAUACAGUAAAGAUCUGUUUCCCAAUCACAAUUGUGAAAAACAGCUUUGAUUUAUAAUAAACUUAAGUAAUGAAAUACUCA